GCGAUCGACUCAGCACCAGAUCGAGUCAGCAGGUCAUCCUCCCGUUUCGCACCGGCUGGCUGCAUUCAGACUGUUCACAAUUGAGCCGUCCUCAAUUCCUCAGCCACUCCAUCUCAUUCGCCGCCGCCGCCGCCACCACCACCACCACCACCACCACCACCACCACCACAUCCAUCCUGAUUCGUCCAGCCGCGAGCCUGUAAUACGACACCAUGUCAAGCCUGCUGCAGAACGUGCUGACUGCCCGACUCGGCUCUGUCACCGGUGCAGAGGCAAGCUCCACUUCAAGCCAAGAUGCGGCAGUGCCCAACGGGCAGGCGCUGGAUGAGUGGGAAGCGGUAGAGUCGGGUCCAUCGGACGACGAAUUGAUUGGAGUUGCGAGCGCACCAGGCACGCCGCAUAUCUCGAGGCCCUCUUCCCCUGGCGGAAGUAGCGCUGCUGCUCUUCAUCAUUUGACGCUCGCCGCGGCUGAGAAUACCGCGAGUGCGAGCAGUGUGCCCAAAAAGGCGAGCUCGCUCAGAUCGGAGCCUUUCACUAGAAUCAAACACAAAAGCAAGACGGAUCCUCUUCGAGCACUUCCAGGUGUGAUCUCGCAACGGAUCUUCUUGUCGCUGCCAGUGCAGGCUUUGAGGUCGUGCUCACUCGUGUGCAGGAGAUGGAGAAGAUCAGCUACAUUGAAUUAUUGCUGGUACCGCAUCGUCCAAUCCCAAUCAAUGCAAGGCGAUUCGACUCCGAGCGGGCCAAGCAGCACUCUUCUCGACGUGGUCAACUCCACCUCUACAGGCGCGGGAGCGCGUUGGACGCGUCGAGAGAGCAAAGUGGACUGGUUGACCUCUUACGGCAAGCAAAAGCAGAGAGAGGCGCGAGACGAAGCGAGGUACGGAUCAAGUUCGGGCAACAGUUCGGGCUACGCCACUCCCAGUCGAAGUCAAAGAUUGGCAGAUGCGGGCAUUCAGACGGCAAAGGACAGGAACGAGGAACGUUGGCAGGCAGAAGAGAAUUCGGAGUGGAGCAAACAAGACAUGAGAGAUUAUUACAAGAAUCAGGGAAGUAGGGGUGGGAAGCUCAGAGGCAAAUCUGGAAAGGGUGGAGCAAAGACGGGAUCGGCUAAUGAUGGAGGGCUAUGGGAAUGAUUGCAGACCAUUCGCCACCCUGCCCUCUACCGGGCCCCGCUCCGCC